AUGAGCGAUUCGAUUACAUCGUUACGACAGGCUGCCGAAUGGGGAAUGGGAUCUGCGGUCAAGGUGUACCGCCAAUUAGAUUUAAAAUUGCCUUACGAUCCAACGUUGCGCGGUCGCCGUUUACAGAACAUUUUCCUCUCGUUCUUCCCGUUCAUCGCGCAGGCGUUGAUGUUCAUCUUCCCGUUGUUGCUCUCGUGUGUCCUGCAUUGCUUGCCGUUUUUGGGCACGCUCCUCCAUCAUCACCACAAGUGA